AUGGCUGUGCUACAACUAUUUCCAAGAUUAAACCACUGUCAGAUUGUAACUUCUUUUGUUUUGCCAACUAUCGGAACAUACUACGCGGGCUUUCUCACCCAAUGUUUACUAUUGGUGGUUUUACAGAUAUUUCUAAUAUAUCAGGAUGCUCUCAAAUUUUAUUUGAUCCUCAAAUUCCAGAAAUACAAUCACUCAGAUUCAUAUAAGUAUUUAUAA